AUGGUUCAAGGACACGGGCUAAUCAAUGAUGAGGAAGCUAUGGUAGCUGAACUUAUAAAUGAAAACACCAAACAGUGGGACAGGGAAAAGAUCCUAAGAUUGCUUGGACCUUCAAAUGCUGCAGUGAUCCAAAAGAUUCAUGUGAGCACGAGUGGAGCAAGGGAUAGGCUUGUCUGGUUAGGCACUAAGGAUGGUGGUUUCACAGUAAGGAGUACAUAUCAUUUGCAAAAGGAACUCACAACAGUCAAGGUUUUUCUAUGGAGAGCAUGCUUAGAAUCAUUGCCUACAAUGUCAAACCUCUUCAAGAAGAAGAUUGUGAGCUCUCCUCUCUGCCCAGUUUGCUGCAGUUCUGAUGAGACAGCAGGUCACAUUCUGUGGAACUGUCCCUCAACCAUGGACGUGUGGAGUUAUGGCCCAAAAAGAAUCCAAAAAAGCUCUGUGAGGGCAGAGAGCUUUUUCAAGAUCAUUGAGGAGCUAAGGGACCUAUGUGACAUACAAACAUUGGGGGCUUUUGCUAUGACAGCAAGGGAUAUCUGGCAAAGAAGAAACAAGCUGGUUUUUGAGGGAUCCUUUCUACAUCCUAGACUUCUAGCACAGAGGGCUGCCCAUCAACUGGAGGACUUUAAACUGGCUCAAGUGGUUCCAAUGCCUGACUCCCGCUUGCACACCAACCAGGCAUCCAUAUGGUCUCCUCCUCCAGAGGGAACUGUAAAGGUAAAUUGGGAUGUAGCCGUGAGUGAAGCACGUGACAGGGUGGGGAUUGGUCUGAUAGCUCGGGAUCAUAGGGGUAAUGUGAUUGCUGUAAAGAGGGUAGCAAGGGAAGGCUGUGUUGCUCCUUUGCUGGCAGAGGCUAUGGGAGGCUUCAUGCAGCUAUGUUUGCAUCCGAGCUCAACCUGUCCUCAGUGGUAUUGGAGGGUGAUUCUCUGCAGGUGGUCCAGGGUCUUAGCCUUCACAGGGAGAGGUGGGAUAGUGUGGGCUUGGUUUUUUUAG